AUGAUUCAGGACAUAAAUCGAUACAGUAACGUGCCGAAUCACUUGUCAGGGAGUGAAGUGAAGCCAGCGGAGUCACCACCUGGAGCUCCAACUGCUGUGCCCUAUACUUCGAUGAGAACAAACGGACCUGCUCUCAUAGGAACCACUCAAAGAAAAUCUCGCGAAACUACCAUUGACGACCCUUACUACCCACCAAUCGACCCUUACAAAGGAUCCGCCAAUCCAGCGCGCCACUCCUGGCACGAAAUUCGCCCGAAUCAAAUCGUCGACGUACAAAUGAUCCACACGCAACCUAAAAAAGAAACCCUAAUCGACUUUCCUUCACCGCCGGAACAAAUCAGCUUGUACCAAAAGAAUGUCACAAACGUCUCGUCCUAUUCGUCCCAGCCUGUCCCAAGUCCACGAUCGAGAUCAGUGGACCGCAUCGACACAGUCACACAAUACACUACGCAUUCGACUCCACAGUUCUCGACAUUCGAUCCUUCUAGACAAGGAGCAGCAGAGCGAUACGGAGCCGCAGGAAGUGUCGAGGCGCGA